CUAUCGAUCUAAAAACAUCUGAUUUAAAAUUUAGAACUCCCACUGAGCUGCGAAAUAUUUGUAAACGUUCCAAUAGCAUUAAUAAUUCAAAAAAGAACAACUAUUACUGCUGAACAGAAUGGGUCUCUGCCGCUUCUUUCAGACGGGCUCUUGCCGCUAUGGAACCAAAUGCCACAACGAGCACUUUGAUGUCAAGCAAUACCUCAAGUCGGACAUGGAGUCCGGUCUUAAUGGAAAAAUGUGGCCAUUUUCCGGCUAUGGACCCUUUAAGGAUAAGCCAAACUUCCCCAACUUCAUCGAGGACCAGUCAUUCGAAGAGGUCCGUUUCCUUUGCUACGAGGCCAAACGGACCAACAACUUCGAGCAGUUCCAUCAGCAAUUCAACCGUGAGGUCAUGGAGGCCACCAACAAAAUGAAAGCCAUGCUACAAAUGUCUCCCCAAAUAUUAGACAUAAUGAUCAAAAUUUACGACACUCCCGAAGGGGCGAAUGUCUCACAAUCGCAACCCAACAAUCCGUUUGCAGCUGUACCAGCUACUAAUCAAUCUGCAUCCAUUUUCGGAAAGCCUGCCCUAAGUUCUGGGAACAUCUUUGGUGGCGCUACCGCUCAGGUGAACAACUCUAACAGCAUCUUUGGAGGCGCCAUGGGCGGUGGUGGCAACACCGGGAAUGGGAUUUUUGGAGGAGGGGCCGCCAGUGGAGCUAAUCCCUUUGGAGCACCACAGCAACAACCGGCGGCUCAAGCUUUUCAGGGAGGAAACCUCUUCAGCCAGGCUCAAGGACCAGCCUUUGGUGGCUUUCAGCAGCAACAGCAGCAGCAGCAGCAAGCUCAGCCACCAGGAGUUUUUGGACAAGCAACUAAUGCGAAUCAGGGAAUAUUUGCCCAGGCUGUUCAGCAGCAGCAGCAGCAGCCACAACAGCCGCCCGGUGGAUUGUUUGCACAGGCCUCCAAUGCAUUUCCAACUCAGCAACAGCAACAACUACAAAUGCAACAGCAGCAACAGUUGCAGAUUCAGCAACAACAACAAUUGCAAAUGCAACAGCAACAACAGCUUCAAAUGCAACAACAGCAACCCCAGCAGCAACAACAACAACUGGCCCAUUCCUCAGUCUUCAGCCGCAUGGAGGAUUUGAGUGCUGGAGAAAUUGAAGCCUUCAAAGCCGAACAGUUCAUGCCGGGUCAUCUGCCAUUCAAUCCACCACCCCGCGAAUUUUGUUAAACUAAUCAUUUUAUUAUUAAAACAUAAGACUAAGAAUGUACAUAAGACUAAAAAGAGCUGAUAUUAAAUAAGUAUCAAGAAUAUAAA